CCGUCUAGAAGAAAUAGUAACCGAUUUUUGACUAAUCGCGCACCGGGUACCAUAAUACCUUCUGGUGGUACCCAUACCCGUUACCAUACCGAAUCUUGUGUUUAUUUGAUAAUAAGGCGGACUCAAGUGAGAGUGAAUUUUUGUGUUUAGAUUUUAUUCAUAAAAAAAAUUAUAUAAUGGAUUUGUUUGCCGAAAAUAUUAAGGGGUUUGUGCUGGAAGAGCAAGCUUUCUGGAUGAACGUUUCACAAUUUCCUAAUAUGACAAUACAGGAUCUUCCAUUCCUCGCCCGAUUAAUGGCCGAAAGAUACGUCGACGGUUUCUUCAAAAUAAGCGAUCCCAGAACAUCAAACUGGCCCUUAAUGAACAAUCCGAUCCCUACAAUUCUAAUGGUACUAACUUAUCUCUAUGUAAUCAUGUUUCUUGGUCCGCGUCUAAUGGCAAAUCGGAAACCUUUCAAGCUCAGAGAGGUGCUGGUCGUUUACAAUGGUUUCCAAGUAUUACUGAGUUCGUAUAUGAUGUAUGAGCAUUUAGCUAGUGGAUGGUUUUGGGACUACAGCUACAAAUGCCAACCUGUCGAUUAUUCAAACAGCGAAAAAGCAAUGAGGAUGGCCAGAUUAUGUUGGAUCUACUACAUUUCAAAAUUAACAGAAUUUGCUGACACUGUCUUUUUCGUUAUGAGAAAAAAAGAUAGCCAAGUCACUUUUCUGCACGUCUAUCAUCAUAGCUUGACCCCGAUGGAAACUUGGAUUUUGACCAGAUUUAUUGCAGGUGGUCAUGGUACUUUACAAAACCUAAUCAACAAUUUCGUCCACAUAUUUUUGUACUUCUACUACAUGGUAGCCGCAAUGGGACCAGAAUACCAAAAGUACAUUUGGUGGAAAAAGCACUUGACAACUGUACAACUUGUUCAAUUUAUGAUUGUUUUUGCUCACUCGGCUCAACUAUUGUUCAACGACUGUGGUUAUCCUCAAUUCAUGGGUUUACUUUUGAUGUUACACUCUUUGAUAUUCUUUGUACUUUUUGCCAAUUUCUAUUAUCAGACUUUUACGGCCAAGAAAAACAAGAAGGCACCACAAAAAGAGAUUAAAGUCGAAUGAAAAUUUUGAAAAUUAAUUGUUUAGUGCCAAAAUAGACAUCAAUAAUUGUAUUCUUCAAAGUGCCUUUAUGAUCUGAUGAGAUUAUUUUGUUGCUUACUGAAAAGAAUAUGGAAUUGUUGUAUAUUUAUUUAAGUGAGGGACAGUUAAUGUUAAUUUAUUAUGUUAUACUAGUCAUAUAAUGGUUUUAUUCAUAUAAAUACGCCAAAGAUCUUGGUAGUAUGUACAUAUUCGUGUACCAUUGUUUGGUUUUAAUUUAUUUAGUAUUAAUAAUUGUAAAUAGAAUUUUUUAGGGGUUUCAAAAUAUUUUCAUGAUUUUCC